AUGGAGAGUUUUGGUGAAGCUUUUGCUAUACAUGAAGAAUGUUUUAGCAAAGAAAUGGAUGUGGUCAAAAAGUGGAUAAAAGCUCUGGUACUUGCUGGAAAUGUAUCUGGGCAUGAUCUCCAUAGUGUGAUGAAUGGGUAUUCCUUUCAUAAAUCCAUCUAUUUGGUGUUUGAAGGGGACCUUCCUGACAUUGUCCUCGCUGGUAGCAAGGACUGA